AGUUUGUGUCAGGAAAACAGGAAGAGGGUGACCAAACGACAACAGAACCAGUUUUGGUCGUAUUUGGAAUGUUUCACCUUCAAGUCGUUAUCAAAUCAUCGCUAUUUUUUAUAACGUUAAGAUAGCCAUUUCCUUCAACCGAGACUGCUUUGUUGUAGAGCCACAAUGGCCACAGCACCGUACAACUACUCCUAUAUUUUUAAGUACAUCAUCAUUGGGGACAUGGGGGUAGGAAAGUCAUGCUUGCUUCACCAGUUUACAGAAAAGAAAUUCAUGGCGGACUGCCCCCAUACAAUCGGCGUGGAAUUCGGGACGCGAAUAAUCGAGGUGAGCGGGCAGAAGAUUAAGCUGCAGAUCUGGGACACGGCGGGGCAGGAGCGCUUCAGGGCGGUCACACGCAGCUACUACAGGGGUGCUGCCGGCGCCCUCAUGGUGUACGACAUCACUAGGAGAAGCACAUACAACCACCUUAGCAGCUGGCUGACUGAUGCAAGGAACCUCACAAACCCCAAUACUGUGAUCAUUCUCAUAGGCAACAAAGCAGACCUGGAAGCUCAGCGAGAUGUGACGUAUGAAGAGGCCAAACAGUUUGCUGAGGAGAAUGGAUUGCUAUUCCUGGAAGCAAGUGCAAAAACAGGCGAGAACGUGGAGGAUGCCUUCCUGGAGGCGGCGAAAAAAAUCUACCAAAACAUUCAGGAUGGCAGCCUGGACCUAAACGCAGCAGAGUCUGGGGUUCAGCACAAGCCCACUGCGCCUCAGGGCGGCCGACUAACCAGCGAGCCACAGCCUCAGAGGGAAGGAUGUGGCUGCUAAUGACCAACACUACCGGCCUACUUUCCUUCAUACCUACCUACUCCACCUGGCACCCACCCUGAUCUUCUGCUCAUUCUCCCCCUCCUCCAUCACCCCAUUCAGGCCUACAUCCGUACUGCCCUGACCCACAGGGGGAGCAUGAGCAAUGGCUGACGACAGGAGAGAGCAACAGACACGACUGGCUGUUUGUCAUCUCCUCCUUCUUUCAUUGCUUACCUGUUUACCUGCCUUCCCCCCCCUCGUCUUCUCCCUUUCUCCUUUGAGCUGACUAUAGCUGGCAAUGUUAACUGUCACUGGAUACAUCAGGUGAUACAGACCUGUUGAAGGAAAACCUGGGGUUACUGACUGAGAGCCGAACCGAGCAGGCUGGUGUUUUUUUUAUUCAUUCGUUGUACAGCUCACUAACACAAUUCAAAGUUUAUCCAUAAGGAACUCAGAAUCCAGGGCCUUGUAGAAAGAAGCACUGGGUGAAUUGUUAAUUAUCAAUGCUUGGUUCAGUUUAGAAAAGCUUUUUAUUAUUUAAGAAAACAGGAUUCUACUGAGAUCAGUAAUGAAGUUUGGCUCUCAGAGCUGAGGGAUAGAAAUGACUGUAAUGUCAGGUUUGAUGCAGCCACAGGGAAAUGUGGCUCACAGUAGUUCUGUGACUUAAGAUUAAAGUCAUUUGAAUGGUGUCUGUAAGACACCAAGUGGUGGUUGAACGUGUAUUGGUCAAUGAGAUUUCUGACCUUGGUCCAUUCUGGCCAUGGCCUUUAACUCACAGAGAGAACACCCAGUCAAAAUCUUGGAACAUUGCUUCCUAGUGCUGAACAUACAACACUGAAUCGUUAAGGAACAGCCACCACAAACAUCAAAUGCAGGUUCUAUACAGACAGCACAUGGAAAGGAUUUGGGCGGAGGGGGAAUUCUCAUCAUUGUAAAUGUAUAUGGGUGGAGAGCAGGCAUUUCACACUCAUAAUGUGUGCAAUUUCUUUUUUGGGGCUAGAGGGGAUGGGUCUUUUAUCAGACAUCUGUGACAAUUUAAAAAAAGGCACCUCCCCUGACCCCCCCUUUAAUUCCCCACCCCAUCAUUUCAUUGCACCAAUUCCCUCUCACUUACUUUCCUAUUCAACCAUAUUGAGUAGAACUUCAUCUGUCCUGACCAGCGGGUUUUUUUGUUGCCUUAUUAUAUAACUAAAUGUUAAUAUUACCAUCACUGUUUAAUCUUACUUUGCUGCACUUACUCAGCAUACUGCAGACUGGAUGUCUUUGUCAAAAUAAAACAUACUGUUUUACAAUAUUGCUACAUUUUUAUUUUAGAUCUUGACAGGAAAAAGCUUUGCAUACUUUUGGCUGUAAAUUUGACUGGCUGCUGUCAUAUAGGCUUGUAUAGUAACACCACAGACCUCACCAGAACAGCUUACAAAGCAGUGCUAGGGAUCUACUAUAUAAUUUGAUUCAUGUAUACGCUUUUCUUAUUCAGCAGCUGUAUAUAAGGCUAAAUAUCUGUUGGUGGUGAUGCAAAACAGGGCAGGGGAUAUUCAACAGCACUGGCUCUAAUGUAUAGCUAAUAUUUGUGAGUCACUGGUAACUCUUACCUAGGAAACUAACCUUUUCUUAUUGAAUGUCAGUGUGGACAGGCUCACUUUCUGGGCACUGGAUGUUCUGUUAAAAUUCCACAUUGUACCUGUUUGCUGGCUACAAGUAGCAAACUCAAAGCAGGGACUGGUGCAGCACUUAAGUUUGCAACUUUACUUGUAUGUGGCAAACAAAAAGAGCAAAUGAAAUCAUAAGAUCAUCCUUUUAUCAAUGUCCUCAACUCUUACACCAGACGUUCUUCAGGGAGGAUUUUGUUUGAAAGCUGAGGACUGAAAGUUUGGUAUGCUGUAGGGGGAGUGAAGGUUUUAGGGUUUAGUCUUGUUUGUGCUCUGCCCAUCUCUUUGCUGUCUGAAUCGCCACUUCUGGCUGUGUGCUGAUUUAAAACGUAUGUAUAAAUUUAUACAUAUGUAUAAAUUUUUGAAGGAGCUGUGCUAACAAAAUGCGUUAUUACGUGUAUAUGAUUAAGAUGUUGACAUUUUGAUUUUAAUAAUAAUAAAAUGUUCUAGACAGAAAAUAUUA